GGGAACCUCUGAGUGAGAGAUAUAGAGAUAAACAGGGUCGAGUAGCAGUCAGUCAGUCGCGCGCGCGCUGCUGCAGCAUCAGUAUUAUAAUGAAUGAGAGCAAGGAGCUGUAAGACAAGAGCAGCUCUGAAAGUGGAUGCACAUUCAUUUCUUUUUAAAUCAUCAGCAACAAAAAGAGGCUAAAGAUUAGCAUUUUAUUUCCAGGAUUCUUUACGAAGCAGCCAUGGAAUAUCCAGCUGGACAAACUUCACUGACAUUAAUGUUGCUCAUUUUAACAGUGAUCAGGAUCAGUCAUGCUCUCUUGGAUAGAACUGUAGAGCCAAGUUUUCCAUUGCAGUUAAAUUCUCAUCACUCAAGCCCAGCAAGCCAAGCCAUUACCUCCUGCGAUUUUGAAUCUCCUUGUUCCUGGAGCGUGUCCAAUCACAGCACUCGUGGAGACUGGUAUGUCACAUCACCUCAGCAGCACUGGGCCGGCCAACGGGGUGUCCAACCAAUCACGGAUCACUCCACUGGAGAUUCUAAGGGCCACUUCCUGGUUCUGAGGCCUGGCUCUGUCCUGUGGGCUUCUGGGAGUUGCACAUUCCAUAUUGCUAGUCCUGUAGUGCGAAACAGUGGCCCACAGUGUCGGCUUCGUUUGGCUUGCUUCCAGCCAGAACCGAGAAUGGGAAACUUGUCUGUCUCCAUGAAACUCACGGAUUCUGCUGUCAUCAACUCACUGACUUCUGUCCGCAGGGAAAAAGCUGGCAUUAGGGCAUCUUGGGAGGUUUUGGAGGCGUCAAUAGGGAAAAUGGAUGAGCCCUUCCAGGUGACAGUGCAGUACACUUCUUGUAGUGGUCACGAUCUUGGACUAUUGGCCAUUGAUUCAUUGGAGCUGAAGGACUGUACCGUGGAAAGCAGAGAAUUGAAGGAGAUAGCUCCAGAUUGUGGGGAGAAUUCAGCUGUUCGCUGUAAUUUGGGCGGCUGUAUAGAUAAAAGCAAAGUGUGCGAUUUCCACAGUGAUUGCCCUCUAGGCGAGGAUGAAGGAUUCAUUUGUGAUACAUUGCCAUCGGGGUCAUACUGUUCAUUUGAGUUAGGCUCCUGUGGGUGGACAGUCUCUGAUACACAGACUUCUUGGAACCUGUCCAGUGGAGAACAACUAUCCAGAAGUACUGACCUAUUAGGAACAACACUCCAAAAUACUCAAGGACACUUCCUGUUCCUGAAGGUCAGAGGAAAUGCUAAUGGAAAUGAAGCAUCAAUUUACAGCCCAGCUCUUCCUGUGACUCUGCCUAGGCAAGAUUGUCAGUUGCACUUCUCCCUGUAUUUGUAUGGGGAUUUUAAUGGCACGGUGCGUCUGUCGGUGGUAGAGAAUGGUACUUCAGUGACCCCUUUAGUGUGGGAGAGGGCUGGACAUUGGAAGGACAACUGGCAGGAUGUCACUCUACAGAUCGCUGACCUCCGAAACGGGUUCCAUCUGAAAGUGCAAGCCCUGUGGGCUGCUGACUCAGAAGCUGACAUUGCGCUGGAUGAUAUUUCUUUAAGUGCAACGUGUUUUGACACAGAUCUAAAAGCUCCGCUUCUUGGCCGUCAAAAUGAUUUGGACGCUAUCAGCCAGUUAGACUUCCCGAGUCCUCUUCCUGAGCCUUCUGCCUCAGAGGUGUCUCAGAUGACAUGGUGGUUCACCUCAUGUGGGGCCAGUGGACCUCGGGGCCCUACUCAAGCGCAGUGUGACAGUGCCUAUCGCAACACCAACGUUAGUGUGCUGGUGGGAAAAGAAGGCCCUCUCAGAGGUGUUCAGAUGUGGAAAGUGCCUGCUACCAACAGAUACAAGAUCUCAGCAUAUGGAGCUGCAGGCGGCAAAGGAGCAAAAAACCAUAACAAACGCUCGCAUGGUGUCAUCAUUUCAGCCAUCUUCACGCUGGAGAAAGGAGACAUCCUAUACCUCCUGAUUGGUCACCAGGGGGAAGACGCUUGCCCAGGGAGGAACCCUCUGACUCACAAGAUCUGUCUAGGUGAGUCAUCUGUGAUUGAAGACAGGUUUGAAGGUGACGGAUCUGCUACAGAAUGGGCCGGGGGUGGAGGCGGUGGUGGGGGCGCCACAUUCAUUUUCCACAUGGAGAAUGGGGAGCUGGUGCCUCUGCUGAUAGCAGCAGGUGGAGGAGGAAAGGCGUAUCUGGAGGACCCUGAGAGCACUUUGGACCAGAUCCCUCUGGAACAGUAUGAGAACGACACGGAGGCCUCUGGGGUCAACGGCAGAACUGGCGCAGCAGGAGGGGGAGGUGGUUGGAAAGAUACCACAACUCACCUGUGGGCAGGAAAAUCUCUGUUUGAAGGGGCAGAAGGUGGCUCACCUUGCCCCCAGGCCCUGUCUAAACUUAGCUGGGCGACGUUCGGAGGGUUUGGAGGAGGAGGAGGAUCCUGUACUGCUGGAGGAGGUGGUGGAGGAUACAGAGGUGGUGAUGUGUCCCAUGCUGAUGACCUCACAGCAGAUGGACAGGAUGGCAUUUCUUUUGUCCAUCCCUCAGGAGAGUUAUUUCUGCAGCCUCUGGCAGCCAUGGAGAGUCAUGGGGAAGCUGAAAUUGAAGUGCACCUGAACUGCAGCCACUGCCAGACUCAGAGCUGUAAACGUGAUAAAGAUAGCAGGUUCAUCAUCUGCCUGUGUCAUAACGACGAGAUUCUUGCUCCAGACAAUGUCAGCUGUAUAGCAGAAACACAGGGUUCCAUGGUCGCUGGACACCCGUCCUUGUCUCUGAUAGUGGCGGUGGUGGCGUCCGCUGUGGUGACGGGUCUUGUGUUGACCUGUGCUUGCCUCAUUCUCAUGUAUUACCGCAAGAAGAACCACCUCCAUGCGGUCCGGGUAUGUUUGCAGAGCCCCGAACACAAGCUGAGCAAGAUUCGCUCCUCCAUCAUCAUGACCGACUACAACCCCAACUAUUGCUUCGCUGGUAAAGCUGCAGCACUGUGUGAGCUGAAGGAGGUUCCACGCAAAAACAUCACCCUCCUCAGGGCUUUAGGGCACGGUGCUUUUGGGGAAGUGUAUGAAGGUCAGGUUCUGGGUAUGAAUGGAGACAACACUGCCAUGCAGGUUGCUAUUAAGACUCUUCCGGAAAUCUGUUCUGAGCAAGAUGAGAUGGAUUUCCUCAUGGAGGCACUAAUUAUGAGUAAGUUCAACCAUCAGAACAUAGUGCGUUGUAUUGGAGUUAGUCUUCAGAUCCUGCCCAGAUUUAUUCUUCUGGAGCUCAUGACUGGAGGAGACUUGAAGAGCUUUCUGAGACAGAACCGCCCCAGAGCUAAUCAGCCCUCCUCUCUGACUAUGCUGGAGCUGCUGCACAUGGCCAGAGACAUUGCAUUCGGCUGCCGAUACUUGGAGGAGAACCACUUCAUUCAUAGAGACAUCGCUGCUCGGAACUGCCUUUUGACUUGUCCUGGUCCAGAGAGAGUAGCCAAAAUUGGAGAUUUUGGAAUGGCUCGUGACAUAUACAGGGCCAGUUAUUACAGGAAGGGUGGUCGUGCCAUGCUACCAGUGAAAUGGAUGCCGCCUGAAGCCUUCCUAGAGGGCAUUUUCACUUGCAAGACUGAUACAUGGUCAUUUGGUGUACUGCUGUGGGAGAUUUUCUCCCUGGGCUACAUGCCUUACCCCUGUAAGACCAAUCAGGAGGUGCUGGAAUAUGUGACGAGUGGAGGACGCAUGGAUCCACCUAAGAACUGCCCGGGACCAGUUUACCGGAUUAUGACACAGUGUUGGCAACACUGCCCAGAACAUCGACCAAACUUCUCAGCUAUUUUAGAGAGGAUCAACUAUUGUACUCAGGACCCUGAUGUUAUAAAUACGCCCCUUCCAGUGGAGUAUGGGCCAACUGUGGAUGAAGAGAGCAGCACUGUGAUUCGUCCAGUAGCAUCUGGCAGCAUGACUCCUCUUCUAGUCACCCGAUCACUGGAUGCGCCUGUGCAGCCGGCAAUCUUUACUCCCCUCCCUCAGGUCCAGAAACCCCGACUGCUGUUACAGCGGCCAACCCAAAUGCCUCAGGAGGUGGCCACACGUGAAACUUUGGACUCUUUUUGGGCUGAGCCACCUUCUGCUCCUGGAGCCUGCUCGAGCUCCUGGCUGCAGGUCCCAGAGCACCAACCAUGCUCCAGAUCUAGCUCCACCUCAGGAAGCCAAAAGCUAAAGAACAACACCAAGAAUCUCUGGAACCCCACUUAUGGUUCAUGGAUUCUGGAGAGCUUUGGGAGGACAGCCCUUUCCCACACCCAAUCCGUGCCUUUGUCCUGUACCACCACUGCGCCGUCUCAUUUUACCUCAACCUCAGAGCAUAACGACUCUGGAACUGAAGCUAAUGUGUCACCAUGCUCUAAUUCAUCACCAGCUCCCUCUCAGAUGAGCUCCAGUCCUCCAGGACCUUUGAGUCUCACUUCACGAAAAGGGCUGGCGGGGGCUGUAGGGGGCUCACUUGCUGCUGUCAUGGACUUGGCUAAGCUCCAGAGCUUCCCUUGUGGCAAUGUAAAUUAUGCGUACGAUGAACAGAGCUAUGAAGCUGAGAGUCUACCCUUGGUAGUUGCCAGGUCACCAAAACCCAGCAGUAGUUCUGCAGCUAGCUCCUCUCUAACAGCACUGGGCCUGGCUUUCUCCGGUACCCACAAACCAUUGGUCAAGCGUCAUGCCAGCUAUGGACAUGAAGAUGUCAGGAGGCAUACCAAGCCAGAGAAACCCACAAGGGACCGAGACUCAGGCUUCUCAUUGUCGGAAGAUCUUAGUGUUACUCCUGUGUAGCACUUUCAGAUGAUGAACUAAUGCCAGAUAUAAUACUGAAAAACAAUGUAGCUCACUUCAUUCAGGUUGCCUCGUCUAGAACUAUAUAAAUUGCGAGGCCAGCGACACUCUUGUGGGUCCAAAGUAACAGAAAACAAGAUGAAGACCAUUCCAUUUUUCAUUUUGUGUGAACAAAUAUUAUGGCAUCAGUAUUGAAUGAAUGGGUAAUUCAACACAAGCAUCUUGUGCAUAUAUUACAGAAAAGUUAAAAACAUAACUGGAGGGCAUUACUUCCACUCUGAUUAGUGACAUCUUUAAUCAACACCCCUACACACAAACUACACAGAAUGCGUGCUCAGCAAUUCUUACGUGCAUUUUUUUCCACAAAUCUGUCUCUGUGUGGCGUGAGUGGCAUCGUAUUACAGACCAGUGGGUCUAUUGCGAAGGUCAAAAUAUCUAGGCUAUUAUGAGUUUUUCCUUUAAUCAUGAGCUAAGUGAGAAUUUGGGCAUUUUUUCAGUUUAUGUGAAACUGUACACGAACAGUAACCCGAACUUAGCUAUUUCCUGUUCCCUAACAAUUUAAGGAACAUUGUAUUCAGCUUCUGUUUAGUUUUAAUUGUUUUCCAUAGUAGAUUCUGCUUUGUUUUCCUGGGUGAGUUUUAUGGCCCCUGAUAAGUUAAUGCACUGUCUUCCUCACUGUGGACAAUUCUUAAGGACAGUGUCCAUUCACUAGGCUGUCCUUGGGUCUCCUGUCUACUCAUGGGGUUUUUGAAUCAUUCACAUGUUCCUCUUUAUGGCACCCUGGUGGUAUAUACAGCAUGCAGAAGAAUUCAGGGCUACACUGCUUAGACAAGCAGUCUGAAUGUUAAGACUGGUGUUAAUACUGGUGCCAUGGUUUUGAUGAGUAUGUUUUGAUGCAACCUAUAAUACUUGGAGAAAUCAGAAUAAUAAAUUUACUUAUUUUCUUCUGUCUCCAAACCACUAACCACUUUCUGUCACCUAUACUCAUAUCAGGAUUUGUGGAUAUUAAUACAUGUGAAAGAGACCGUGCUACCUAGCUGGCUGGAGCAGUAGCUAGUAUUUUAGAAAAAUGGACUUUUAUGUCUUGUCAUUGGCGUCUCUGUUAUACGGCAUGUAACGUCCAGUUAUACAGAGCAGGAGUGCACUAAAUUAGUUUAUUCCAGAUGGGAGGCCAUUCUAACAAGGUUGUUAAGAAAUUUUGAGCGGAGUUAGAGGUUGACAGCCCCACAAGCUUGCCUCUGCUGUGACCAUUUGUGUGAUUCUUAUGUUUGUUUUUUUGUGAUUUUGUAAUUUUCUAUAACUGAGAUUACUCUGUUUGCUAGAAGGAAGAACUGUGCGCUGCUGGAGAAGAGAAAUGAGGUUGCUAUUGUAGAGAUAAAUGAUAUGAAAUAUGAGUGAACGUUUUCAAGCAGGUAGCUUUCUGUGGGUACUUUUAAAGCUGAUAGCAAGUCCUUUACUCCUUUGUGUCUUUAACCAUUUACACUGGAUCUAACACUGUGAAAGAUAUUUUGAUGAAUAUAUUUUGAAGAACCAGCAUUAGAUAUGGAUUCAUGUCUAGACAAGGAUCUCUUAGAGGGCUCUGGAAUAAGUGCUUUUUAUUAUAACAGCAAGAGACGCAGAAUGGUCAAAGGCAGAUAUUGAGUUUCUCAAGGAGGAGCAGUUUUCUAAAUACGCCAAUCAACUUUUUUGUUAGAGAAACAGUACAAUUUUUAAAUUGGUAGGUCUUUGAUAAGACUGAAAAUAACUACAAAAAAUGGCAAGAAAACUCAAAAAUAGAUCAUUCCAAAUCCUACCAAGAAGGUGUAAAACCCCUGAACCACUGGAAUCGUCCUGAGCUGUUUAAUCAACUUUCAAAUGAAAAAUACCUCUAAUGGGAAUUGUUAAACUUGUCAAUAGUGCCAAAUCCUCAAGAAUUUUGACUGGAUGCCAUGUUUCAUUCUGUUUUUUUUGUCUGGAUUUGUCGAAAGCUGACAGUUUGUUAAACAAAGUGUUAGUGUUUCAUUGUACGGUUGUGAGAGUGAACAAGUGGGGGAACAUAACAUGUAAGGACUUGCUCCAGGAUAAUGUGAGACAUUGAUGCCAGCGAUAAAUUUCUACACAUAAUGCAUUCUUAUGGUUUUAUAUAUUAUUAAAAAUUAACAAUAUGAUAUUGCUAUGUAAAGUUUUUAUGUUUAUGGUAGUUUUAUGUUAUGUAUAUUUUGUUGGUUAGGUAUUAUAGCUAAGACAGCUAAGUGUGGGGGUAACUACUUAUUAGGCGUGCUGUUGUUUUGUUGCAUUUUACAUUCUGAACUGCCAUUUAAAGUUGAUUUUCUUCUUGGCACAACCUCAGAUUAUACGUUGAACCUUACCUUGACCUUUUAUAUUUGCAAAGUGGAGUUUUUCAUACCUCGUCAUUCUCGUUAUCUCUGUCAUUGAAGAAACAAAUUCUUUUGAAUCGAUGCAUAGAAUAAGCUUCUUUUAACCAGAAAAAAGAAGUGAUAUAUAUAUUAAUUUAUAUCUAAAUGAAUAUUUUACUCUGGACUAACAAUUACAAAUAUGUAGCUAUAUAUUAUUUAACCUCAUGUGUACUCUGUUGUUUGUUUGUUUGUUUAACUUUUUUGAUUAUUGAGACUUUAUCACUGCCAAUGGGCUGCAUAAAUACCUACUGUUUAUGCAGGGAGCUGCAUCAUCUUCAAUAACCACAAGGGGGAGCAAUGGAUUUUGUUGAAGUGUCUGUUGCUUUGGAAUCUGGGAAAAUGCUAUUUCUACUGGACAUAAUAGUGUUGAUUUAUCUGAGUAACUCCAAACCUCAAAUAAAAAAACAUAUUUGACUAUAGUUCUGACUAUGAAUUUGAUACAUGCAGGAACAUUAUAACGGUGCCUCAAGCGGGUAUAUGAAACAAUCCAAAAUUAUACACUGAUUUCUCUCCAAGUCAUUCCUAUAUGACAAUUUCCUUCUGAGAAUUACAGUGAUAUUGCUUUUUUACAUGUCACACUUCAUCCACUU